AUGGAGGAUAUCCGUGUGAUUGAAAAGAUCUUUAGAUCUUUAGAUUCGAAGUUUGAUUAUAUUGUUGUGGCAAUUGAAGAAUCAAAUAAUUUAGAAUCCAUGACUGUUGAUCAGUUGUUGGGAUCAUUGCAAGCACGUCAAGAAAGAAUGAAGGAGAAAGAACCUCAAUCACAAAAUCACAAAGAGGAAGAGGAAGAGGAAGAGGCAGCAGAUUUCAUAGCCGUUGUCGAGGUAAUUUCAGAGGAAGAGGAAGAGGAAGAUUUGGUGGAAAUUCAAACUAUUCAGAUUCAAAUCAAAGGCAAUCAUCAUGAGGACGUGGAAGAUGUACUUGGAAUAAAAGAGGUUAAAUAUGGAGCUGUUAAAGAAGACAAAGUAUUUUGUGCCAAAGGUGAAGAAGAUGAACAACCUACUUUGUUAUUCUCAUCUGAUGGGAAUGAAGGCAAAGAUCAAGAAUCAUGGUUCUUGGAUACAUGGAUGAUAAAAGAAAUAGUUUACGAAGGCAAAGGUGAUAUCUUGAUUCAAGCCAAGAAUGGCUCACACCAGUUCAUUACUGAUGUAUAUUAUGUUCCAGAAAUGAAAGUGAAUGUGUUGAGUUUAGGCCAACUUUUGGAGAAACAAUUCGAGAUCUACUUGAAGAAUGGUGCAUUGGUGAUGAAAGACAACAAAGGUAAUCUGAUUGCUAAGGUUGAGAUGACAAAAAACAGAAUGUUUAUUCUCAAACUUCAGUCUGAUUAUAUGAAGUGCUUAAAGGCAAGUGCAUCUGAUUCAUCCUGGCUUUGGCAUCAAAGGCUGGGACAUUUGAAUUUUAACAGCUUGAAGCAAUUGGCUCAAGGGAGAAUGGUUCAUGGUCUACCUUUCAUUGAUCAUCCUAAUCAGUUGUGUGAAGGAUGA